AUGGCGGCUCGGUGUGUUAGGCUGGCGCGGCGCAAUUUCCCGGCUUUGGCGUUUUCUCUCAGGCCCUCUCCUCGGUUGUUGUGCACAGACAAACAAAAGAACAAUGGCCAAAGCCUGGAAGAGGACAUGGGUCACAAUGAGCAGAAGACAGAGCCUCCUACAGACAAGAACCUCCUAGAAGAGAAGGUCAAGUUGGAAGAGCAGCUGAGAGACACCAUGGAAAAAUAUAAACGAGCUUUGGCAGAUACUGAGAACUUGAUGCAGAGGACAAAACUGGUGGAAGAGGCGAAAUUAUAUGGCAUCCAAGGCUUUUGCAAGGACUUGCUGGAGGUUGCAGACAUUCUGGAGAAGGCAACACAGAGUGUUCCGAAAGAAGAAAUUCAGGAUGACAAUCCUCACCUGAAGAGCCUGUACGAGGGGCUGGUUCUGACCGAGGCUCAGAUUCAGAAGGUGUUCACAAAGCACGGCUUGCUCAAGCUCGACCCCCUUGGAGCCAAGUUCGACCCUUAUGAACAUGAGGCGCUGUUCCACACACCAGUAGAGGGCAAGGAGCCGGCAGUGGCGCUGGUUAGCAAGGUUGGGUACAAGCUGCACGGGCGCACCCUCAGGCCUGCCCUGGUGGGGGUGGUGAAGGAAGCAUAGCUGCCUCCCACAGGGCCUCUGGUUUUUAAGUCACUUGCUAUAACUCCUGAAAGGCUGGUCUGUCUUUUCUCAUCUGGGAGCCCAGCCUUGAUGGAAAGCUUAAGUGGCGACACAGAAUCAAGCUGGUUGCAGUUGCAUUCAGGAGCUCUGGUUCGGGAGUCUGGUUUUUUAGUACCACGUGUUCAGUAGCUCCAUAUCUUCCAGAAGAGGGCAGACGGGACCUCUAGAGUAUCGUGAAUAACACUGUAUCUGCUCAAACUUGUGGUUACAAAGUACUUUAAAACAAAUAAAGGUCUUCAGGAACUGCCUGGCUGCCUGGCCGCCCAUCUGUGCCAUCCAUCACCUGAGGCUCACCACAGCACUGAGUCCUGGCACCCUUGGCUGCUGCUGGGUUCACUCUGCGAAGAAAAGGCCAGAAGGGGAAACAUGUUUCCUGCUAAAAAACAAAUUUGAUGCCUACCUUUGCGAACAUACAAGUUCAUUAUAAUUAGUAUCUAGAUGCCAGGAGGUCGACCUGGCUUUUCUGUGGAGAUGGGAAGUGAGCAUGUGAAUUUGAACCUUCUCACCACCUUAUUUUUCCAAGUGAAUUUAACAAAAGUAAUUCCUUUUCCCCUGUUUUGUUCGUCUCAGUUGUUUAAAUCUAUUCAACUAGUUACUAAUGACCUCAAGGUAUAUUCCCUAUUAAGAUGGACCAUCUCAGUGAGAACCGCAUGCCUGAUAUACUUAAAAUGUUGCUGUUUAAUUUUUAAAUUUUAUUUAAGAGGAUUAAGCUUAAUAUGUUUAUUUUUCCUACUUUCUGGUAACAACGUGGUCCUUUGGUGGUGACCCUUGAGCCGAGGCAGGCGUGACUUAACUCUCCCCUUUCUCCACUCCAUCCCUAGAGCUGGCUGCCUGGUGUGCAGGUGCUACCAUCUGGGAAAGGAGCAGCCCUUCAGGCUCAGACCCUGUCACCAGAAGGCACACUACAGCAGGGGCUGCGACAAAGUACUCCAGAGCUGUAGUCACACACAGUGACUCUAGCAGAAGGGCCUCUGUUCCUCAUUUAUAUUAAUGUCCAGAUCUUGGAGGAAGGUUGAAUGACUGGGGCAUCUCUUAAAAACAAAAGGAACUGACCUCUUACCUUUGUUAGCUGAAAGGGCAAUAUUGGUAAAUCCAUUUCCUGUGUUUAAAAAAAAUGGGGCAUAGUUUAUAUAUUUUGCUAGUAAUUUUGAAAGGCAAAAGCAAUAAUCCCAUAAUUAAAAUCUCAAUUUU